AUGGCGCGAGGGUGCGCUAGGAGGGGACGUCAUUCCCCAAACUGGAUCUUUAGUCAACCGGCGUUUUUCUGUCGGCGAUACACAAAGUGUUGUAAGCGUACUGUGCCACAGAAGACCACGUGAUGGUAUGCAAGACUUUGAUAUGAAACUAGAUUUCGUCCCGCGAGUCUCAUGUUGGGGUUAACGCGCUUGAUACAUGUAUAUGUCGCUUUGAGGAUUACAACCAAGAAGUGAUGUAUAUUGCCUCCACACAAUGACGAACUGGGAUAGGAAGCCUCUGUGAUAGCAGACAACACAAUUUGGCGACUGCACUAAUUCCGACGAAGUGAUCAUGACUGACAGAGCGGCUGGUCGUGAUUCAGCUGCCUUCGCGUUCACUGACAUCCAGCCUGAUUCAGCGGCAGGACGGGGAGACGCAGGUUCCAGUGGGAAUGAUGCGGCAUCUGACAGCAACGACAGGAACGGCAGGAGAUGCUGCCCUGGCACUAGGCAGGCGUGUCAGGACUGCCUCUCCACCCUUUGCUGUGGCGCAUGCAUUGGGUCGGUUCUCUGCUGCUAUGCGAUGGAACCAACCACCCGUAUCAAGUACCUCUGGGGAUGGCUGUGUGUGCUCAGCGUCGCCACGGGGAUCAUCUUCAGCGUUGCGAUGUACGGCACUGGGCACAGCUCCCCGUCUCCAACAGACAUGCGUGUCAUCACCCACAAAAUCUCAUCAAUAUUUUGUUCGAAACUGAUGAUAAAUUCCAAGUCGGUCAUAACAACAUAUUCGUUUGACGAAGCACCGCAAAUAGACAGUUUCUCUUCUGAAACCUAUUCUACAGACCUGAAGACAACGUUUAGAAAUGAUUACAUCUACUGGAGGUUCUAUCUCCUCAGAGGGUCCCAGGUGGAACUGCGAUCGUGUUCAGAAGCUGAUGUUUGGAUAUACGUGAUAGCCGGUGCCGCUAACUGGGAACGCUGGUCCAAAAAUAUGUUGUGUCAUCACUGUUUCCUCCAUAAACGUUUGCUGACGAAGACACACUGUUCCGGCAGUGAUGUGGCAGAUGUUUUCACGUUUAUGGUUAACCGAACCAAUGAUUAUUUUAUUGUGUACCGUAGAACGUCAGAUGCAGCUUUCUUGCGUGUCAAGUUAUCUUUAGACAGGACGUUAUACGACGUGACUAAAGCCACGCGGCUAUGCACUAAUGACGAGUCAGCAUGUGAAUACGCACUGCAAUAUUCUCGAACGCCUUACAUCGUGUACCACAUGGGUGCAGGUCCCUAUGGCAAGAAUGCUGGACUUGACACUGUAUGUGAACCCAGAAUCUGGAUCUAUUUUGUUAUAUUUUUCAUGGGGCCGUUCAUGAUUGGAGCGGUUCUAAGCAUCAUCGUCAAUAAACAGUGGGGUGAGACUUCCACAACGAGCUCCACCAGCAGAUACAAUGCACAUGAUGACGAGAGAGCAUAUUUGUUAGGGUCUGACCGAGCUGUACACCCCCGCUAUUCGUCGAUCCCUCAGCCCCCCAAGUAUGAGGAUAUAGAACCAAACCGUCACUCGCCUCCUCCCAGCUACGAAGCCGCCAUGAGGCAAACUCGGACUCAGUGAUAAAGCAAACAAUGCUUCAUUUGCAGCAUCUCUUCCAGAACUCGGACUGUGCUCAAAGUGAUACAUCUUCUAGUG